UAUUUAGUAUUUGCUUUCAACUGACGCUGGCCUACUUGGUGGUUGUGAGGACCUGGACUACAAGGAAGGCGCAGAAGACGACAGGCUGGGAAGCACUGAAACAACCAUCAUGCUCAGGAACUGCACUUUUAAUGUUAAGGACAUCACUGCCAUGCUGUCAAGUUCUCACUGACAAGCUGACCUCUUAUAGGGCCCUUAUCCCCUACUUUUUGACUUCAUAGGAGGGCAGAAGUAGACAUUAACAAAUGAAGUAAGAAGGAAAUCAUUUUCAUCCACAGACAGACACACUCUUGAAUUGAAACCAUGGUGGAUAACCGCUACGCUACGGCCCUGGUCAUUGGCUCUGUUCUGAGUCUGCUGGCCACUGUCUAUCUCUCCAUUGCUGUGGGAACACAGCACUGGUACCAGUACCGAAGUCCGCCCGGCAACCAUGAGGCCAGCAACGCUUCGGAGCUCCGCGAGGACUUCAUCAACGGAGAGUUUGAUGAAAAGACCUACAGCGACACGCUGUUCCGCCUCAACGGCACACUGGGGCUGUGGUGGAGGUGUGUGCAGGCGCCAGGCCAGUCACACUGGUUCAAAGAGCCUGAUCCUAAGAUGGUAACACAGUGUGUGAGCUUCACUCUGCCUCAGCAGUUUGUACCCAAGUACAAAGACCCAGGGAAUCACAACACUGGGGAGGACGUGCUUCGGACAUACCUGUGGAGGUGCCAGUUCCUGCUGCCUCUGGUGUCCCUAGCCUUGGUGUUCCUCAGCGGGCUCAUCGGUGUGUGCGCCUGCCUCUGCCGCAGCAUCACCCCCACCCUGUGUGUAGGAGUGCUCCACCUGCUGGCAGGUCUGUGCUCCCUGGGCACAGUGUGCUGCUUCCUGGCUGGCAUGGACCUGCUCCACAGGGUCUCAGUGCGUCCCGACGGUGUGGACGGCUCCCUGGGCUGGUCCCUCUACCUGGCCCUCAUCUCCUCACCGCUGCAGAUGAUGGCGGCCGCCCUCUUCCUGUGGGCCGCCCGUAGCCACCGCCAGAACUACACACGCAUGACUGCCUACCGGGUGGCCUAAAGAGACAGGGGUUUAUUUCAUAUGUCAGGGUUGCGUUCAGUAAAAGCAUAACGUUUUGAAAUGGAAAA